CCAAAUGGUACCUUCUUUUAAUUUAUUCAACUUACUUUUAUUUGAAAAAGCAAAUCUGCUAUUUGUAAUUAUCGGAACAUGACUGUGGACGUAGACAGAAAAGGGAACCAAAGGUCACAGCAUGAACGUCAACAGGAAGUGGGUAAGUUUCCUUCCAAUCAGCUGUAAUAAUGAUCGUGUCCACGUGAGGGCAGUAGUGAGACAUUGGCAGCAGAUGGCUGUUUAAUUCUCUCCUGACCUCCCAACAGCCUGAGCAGUUCAUUAGUUAGACUUAAUAAUACAACCAAACACACCCUUUGACCUGAGAUGGCUCCAAACACACGUUUCUAUGUUCAGACUAAAAUGUCUGGGCUCUUAUGAUGCUGUUUUAUUAAGGUAUAUCUAAAAGAAAGAAGUCAUUGUGAAGUGGACAAAGACACGGUUUUCACAAAAAUUAUGUGUAAAAACUCAUGCUCUAUGAAGAUCCCAGUGUUGUUUUGUUUUCUCCAGAGAACAUUAGUUCAAAACAAUAAAAAUCAGGGAACACGGCAGACAGGUGAAGAGGUUUAAAGGGUUGAUGAAACAAGAUCCCAAGCUUUGACUACGUCACAGUGCGCUGUUAAAGCCUUCAUAUGAAGAUUGAAAGCAGAAUGGCAAAACUGUAAGCCAUCAUCUAACUCUGUCAAAAUGGGAGGCUCGUGCUGUCUGAAUAUUUCCCGACGAAACCGUAUUCUGUCAGCACAGAUUGCGAGCUGACUUAACAGGAAGUCUGAUGAUGAGAAAUGAUGACUGGGGAGAACGGACAUUCAUCACAGCGGAUGAGAAAACGUGAGCGUGUUAGGACGCCAAGACUUUAUUGGAUUAGACUCAAUAAUACAAAGAUGAACGUGUUUGUUUCUCAUUUAAAGUUUCUCAUUCGUUCUUAUGACUUACGACUUCCUCCGUGAAACCAGAAAGCCUCGAUGCAUCAGCAAACGGACACAUCUGCUGGAGAAAGAAUCAAUCCAAUAAACUGCAAAAUAGACACAAAAAAAAAACUUGUCUCACACCAGGGUGGGGGGUAAACCUAAUCGCCUAACUAGCUUUUCAUCUCGCACUGUUUCUUUCCCCUGUCAGUCGACAGUAAUUACCACAUCCGGCUUAUUGUCCUCCUGAUGACUGUAAUUAAUCAAAUUCUGCUCCCUAAUCUCUGGAUCUCGUCAUCCUUACAGUAGGCCCAGGUUAACCGCGCCGGAUGGCGGCCUUGUGUAAGCUCUUUUUGGGGGAGUGUGUGACUGUGUGCUUGUCGGAAACUUUGCAUGCAACAGCAGAUUCUCCAGCCUCACUCUGCCACGUUUCAUUUUUCCGUCAGAAGAAUGCUGUUCUUCAGGACGGAGGUCAGGACCCCUCGGCGCCUCCUUGAACUGGCGGUUGUGUGUUUGCACCUGGAGCUCUUGACGGGAGAGUUUGUUUUGUCAUUCCCACCAACAUUUUCCACCUACUAAGAAAAUAAAGACUCUUGCACACUCCUAUCCUCCCUUUGAGCUUCAGGUGGAUUACCAGGUCUGUAAUCUGUCCUUUGAGUGACAUCACCCUGUGCUCAUACUCCUUACAGGAUAUUAGGGGGAAGCAGGAGGUGGGAACCACUGCUGGACUCUGGAAGGUGAAUCAGCUCUCCAGGGAAGUUCAGACCAAAAUAAUCUCGCAUCCUCAGUCAGGGACAUGCAGGCAAUCAUAGCAGAAGAGGACGCCAGCAUGGAGGAGCUGGACAACCACAACCUGCAGAUGGAGGAGACGGCCCAGGGCCUGCUGAGGACACCUUCGCUGAAGGAGAGCUAUCACAGCGACACUGAUUUCAUGACAGACGACCGCAGCUCGGCAGCCAGCGGCCUGGACGUGGCCGACCGGCUCACCUACCUGGAGCAGAGGAUGCAGAUGCAGGAGGAUGAGAUCCAGCUGCUGAAGUUGGCGCUGGCUGACGUCCUCAAGAGGCUCAACAUUUCUGAAGAGCACCAGGCAGCUGCCGCCGCAGGAAGGAGAACGCCGGGCGCCAAAGCCAGGCCCCUCUCCCUGGCUUUGCCCCCCAGAACCUCCACGGCGACUUCCAGCUCCACUUCCCUCAAAAAGAGCUCCACAGUGCCCUCCAGCGCCACGGCGAGGAAUUACAGCCCCGCGCCGCCACCUCUGAGCGGUGUGAAGAGCCCGCCAGGCGGCGCGAAGGACAGUCCGUGUAAGAUCACUAAGCCGCGACCCGCGUCUGCAGCCUCGGUCUGCAAGAAAGUUCCUGAAGAAAGCAACAAAUCCAGUGAGCCCGCCGUGAGCGUAGGAACAAGGCGGGUGACGCAUUGCAAAGUGACUAUGCAGAUCUACCUGAGUCCCCUCGCAAGAAAGACUGGGUCUUCUGAGGAGGCCAAGUCGGCGUCUGCGGUGCCCGCCUACAGGGGGCCCGUGGCCGGCCCCGGGCCCCCGCCGACCAAGAGGGGCGGCCAGCCGCAGAAGAAGAAGUCAACCCCGUCCUUCACCUUGAGCCUCCAGAAAACCGUAACGGGCCAGAGCUCAGCGCAGGAAACGUCCAGCUACAUCAGCCCGGUCAAGUCGCCCAGCCAGUACUUUCAGAUUUGCUACUGACGCAGACAGACACUCCUAACUCGUCUUGAAAGAGGUUCACGCUGAUUAGAGAUUUCAGUUUUCAAAAUCUGUCGGCAUUUUUAAUGGCAAUCUCCUUGCAACUGAGUUAAUAAAACUCCUAAAGAGGCUCACCAAACCACUUACCUGUAACUAACCCAUCUGACUACAUCAAGUAUCGUGAUUUAUGUUUAUUUCUUUUGAACAUUUUCUGCCUUUUUAGUUUCCUUGCAUACCACAUCCUAGCGAUAGCUUUACUGGUGCUUAGAUCUGUGCAUCGUUUUCCUGAACUACUGCCUCCUCUAUGAGAGCACUCUCAGUGACGUACAUGAGGAGGCAACUUAUUGUCAAGACGACUGGAUUAUCUGUGUGCGCCGAUGUGUUUUUUUUUUUUUGUUGCGUGUUUGAUGUUAGUUUCCACCUCAAAAUGUCUGUUCUUACUCAGAAAAGACAAUAAAAAGUGUUGACCUCUGUGUGA